UCGCACGUGACCCGGAUGUACUUCAGAGUUUUUUUAGCCAGUUAGCUAGCUGCCGCUCGAUGCUUGCAAACACAACGGCAGCAGACGGUAAGAACCUGGAUGCUGACACCCAGUAGGACAUCCCAUAUGGACCUCUGACUUCUGGCCCCAUCUUAUGUGAUUCUCUCCAAUCCUUGGGUAACUGAAACCAUGUCAAGCCAUACAGGAGUAAAGCCCUCCCUGCGCUUCGGCCAGGUGGUGAUUGGACCCGCAGGCUCUGGAAAAACCACCUACUGUCGAGGAAUGCAGGAAUUCCUGACUAGCCUGGGACGCAAGGUGGUUGUGGUGAACAUGGACCCUGCCAACGAAACACUACCGUACUCUUGUGCGGUGAACAUCUCAGAGCUGGUCACUUUGGACGAUGUGAUGGAGAGCAUGAAGCUCGGGCCCAACGGUGGGCUCCUCUACUGUAUGGAGUAUGUAGAAGCAAAUCUGGACUGGUUAGAGAACAAGCUGAAAGAGCACAGUGACUGUUACUUCCUGUUUGACUGUCCAGGACAAGUGGAGCUCUACACACACCAGAGUUCAGUAAAGAAUAUAUUCUCACAGCUCGCCAAGUGGAACUUCAGGCUCACUUCAGUGCACCUUGUGGACUCUCACUACUGCGCUGACCCGGCAAAGUUCAUCUCUGUGCUUUGCACCUCCCUGUCCACCAUGCUGCACGUGGAGCUUCCCCACGUCAACAUCCUCUCCAAGAUGGACUUGAUUGAGCAGUAUGGCAAACUGGCUUUCAACCUUGACUUCUACACAGAGGUCAUGGAUUUGACAUAUCUUCUCGAUCACCUGGCUGCAGACCCCUUCUUUAAGAAAUUCCAUCGUCUUAAUGAAAAGUUGGCAGAAGUCAUACAAGAUUACAGCCUUGUCUCCUUUGUGCCUCUCAAUGUGCAGGACAGAGAGAGCAUGAUUCAGGUCUUACGGACUGUGGACAAAGCCAAUGGCUACUGCUUUGGAGACCUGGAGGAGAGGAAUCUGCAGGCCAUGAUGUCAGCUGCUGUGGGGGCAGACUUCCAGUUCGACUCUACUCUUGGAGUGCAAGAGCGCUAUGUCGAAACCAGUGGAAAGACUCUGGAGGAGGAAAUGAUGGAUCUGUAAAUUGAAAAACCCAGAGAAAAGGAAAAAACUGUUUUUUGACUGUUUAGCUUCAGUAUACAAGGGGAGUCUUGGCAACAUCCAUCUAACUUGGCCUGAAUUCAGAGCCUCUCUGCGAAAGCGAAGAAGAGAUAGGAACUACAUUUAGGUGCUGUCGAUGCUUCAAGGUUGCACCACACGUCAUACAAUUCGCAAUGAGGACAGCUGAGUAGGGUAAAUGAAGAGCUUUUCUUCAGUUAUCAUCGAAAGGGGUUCAUCUCCAAUUUAUGCCAAUACAUUUUCUCAAAAUGUAACAAAUGCAACAGCACUCAUUUAAGUUUAGUUUUGUUAGAUGUUUAUGUUCACCAUUAUUUUAAGAGCACAGGUCAAAUGUCAAUGGCUAAGCAUCAUGGGUCAGUCAAGGUGACUGCAUUUUUUGUGUCUUCUCUAUGGGGAUUGGAUGAAAAUAAAAGAUUCAUGUUGUUACUA